UUAAUUCACUUGUAGAUUAUAAUUUUUUGCACUGUCGACCAACCACGCUAUUUUCUAAUGAUAUUGACCCACCAGAUAAAAUGAUUUUGACUGCGAUGAACCAGCCAUCAGUACGUGCGAUGGAGCAAGUCUUAUCUGAAGUUACCAUAGCUUAA